UAUAUGAAACUACUAUUUAAUUUAAUUAUUAAUCAAUAUAUAAUUCACCGACUAAACAAACCUGUUUUCUCUCACACACUCACAAAUUAAUGCAUCAUUAAAUUAAUCACCCACAGAUCUAUUAGCCAAACACAACACAUGAUUCCUAUUAUUCUGGUUUUGUGCUUUCUUUCUUCAUAUUUAUCAUAGUGAUUCUGAACUGUUUUCAAGUUGGGUAUUCAAGAUUUUUCUAUAAGUGUGAUAAAGUUUGGAAAUUUAGUGGUUUUUUUGAUAGAAAUAUGGACAGGAGAGUGGAAAAGAGAGGAUACGAGGAUGAAGAUGAUGAUGGUGUGCUUCAAUCCAAGAAACCGAAGAUACCGGCUUUAGCGAGUGUAAUUGUGGAAGCUCUCAAGGUUGAUAGUUUACAAAGACUUAGCUCAUCUUUAGAGCCUCUUUUCCGCAGAAUUGUUAGCGAAGAAGUGGAGCGUGCCUUGACCAGAUAUGGGCAUGGUCAAAUUGCUGGAAGAUCUUCACCACCACGGAUACAAGAUCCAGAAGGAAAAGUCUUGCACCUUCAAUUUAGAACAAGGAUGCCUCCUCAUCUCUUUACAGGUGGAAAGGUAGAGGGCGAGCAUGGAGCAACUAUUCAUGUUGUUUUGUUAGAUCCAACCACAGGAAAUGUGAUACAAAGUGGACCUGAGUCAGCAUCAAAACUGAACAUAGUGGUGCUGGAAGGUGACUUCAAUGAAGAAAUAAAUGAAAACUGGAGCCCGGACCAUUUUGAAACCCAUGAAGUCAAAGCCCGUGAAGGGAAAAGACCGCUUUUAACAGGGGAGUUACAAGUAAACUUGAAUGAAGGAGUUGGGACUCUGGGUGAUCUUACUUUUACGGACAAUUCUAGCUGGAUUCGAAGCAGAAAGUUUAGGCUUGGUUUGAAGGUCGCUCCUGAAUGUUCUAGAAUCAGAAUCCGGGAAGCUAAAACUGAGGCUUUUUCUGUUAAAGAUCAUAGAGGAGAAUUGUACAAGAAACAUUAUCCACCUGCUUUACAUGAUGAAGUUUGGAGAUUGGAUAGAAUUGCAAAAGAUGGGGCAUUGCAUAAGAAAUUGGUGAAAUCCGAAGUCAUAACCGUAGAAGAUUUCCUCCGUGUUCUUGUUAGAGAUCCACAAAGACUCAGAAACAUUUUAGGGAGUGGGAUGUCGAAUAGAAUGUGGGAAAACACAGUGGAGCAUGCCAAGACUUGUGUUUUAGGAGGGAAGCUGUAUGUAUACUACGCUGAUUUAGCUCACACCACCGGUGCUAUCUUCAACCACAUUUACGAGCUAAGAGGUCUUAUUUCUGAUGGUCAGUUUGUCCCAUUGGAAUCACUUAGACAUAAUCAGAAGAUUUCCGUAGAUUCACUUGUAAAAAGUGCAUAUGAGAACUGGAAUAGAGUAAUAGAAUAUGAUGGCAAAGUCCUGAGUGCACUGACCUUCCCUGCAGCACCUUCUAAUAAUAACGUGAUUGAAUAUCCAUUUAUAAAUUCUGAGCCGACGGUGGGCGUUUCAUCAAGCACCCAUCACCAACCAGUGUUGUCUAGCAACACUACCGACUAUGGGUCCACUGAAACAUCAUAUGAUGGUUCAGGGGAUUGGUCAGACCCACAAGGACAUGGGUUCGGAGAUUCAUACUCAGAGGAAAUCCGUAUGAGGAGUUCAGAAAUGUUGGAAACUGAUGACAUGCAGAAGCUACUUAGGAGCUUUGGCGUUGGAGGCACAGGGCCUGCUUUUGGUCUUUAUGACAACAGUUCAUACAGUUACGAUGUUCCUCAUGAAACACAAGUGGAACCGGUUUAUGCACAAGGGCACACGCGUGGUUCAGGAAAGGCGGUAGUUGGUUGGCUCAAACUAAAGGCUGCAUUAAGAUGGGGAAUAUUUAUAAGGAAGAAAGCUGCAGAAAGAAGAGCUCAAUUAGUUGAGCUUGAUUGAUUAGCCUCGAAUAGGAAAAUCUGCUAAAUAGACUUACCCCUUAAAUUGCGAUAUGCACCUGAUGCAUCAAGUGAACUACCUGUUCAUAAAUUGCUGACAGGUUGGGAAAACGUUGACUCUCGAGUAGUCAAGUGCAGUUACUUAUUUGUGUACACUAAAUCUUGAUUUAUAGAGUUUUUUGUUUUUCAUAAUGAAUGAAGUUGCUUGUUUA